AACAUCAAUAACAAUAAUGUAUAACAAAUUAAGUAACUAAUGUGAUGAGUGAGUGAAUGGUUCCAUAUAUUUAAGAACUUGAACUUUGAAAGUUUUGCACAGUAGUACAUUAGUUCUAUUGAAUUGACCUGAGGCAAUGAAAUCAAAGAGAGGAAAACGCUCAGAGGCCUUUUGGCCUUCAAUUGUGAUGAAGAAAUGGCUAAAUAUAAAGCCACAGGUAUAUGAUUUUAGUGAAGAUGAAGUAGACACUGAAACUGAAACUGAAACUGAAACUGAGAGUGAAGAUGAUGCUUGCUCUCUUAAAAAUUCAAGACAUCGUCUGCGUCAUCAUCAUGAAGAAGAUAAUCCACUUAGAAGAACACAAUCCAGAUUCCCAACUCAAACAGUACCAGAUGCAUCUUGUAAGGGAUACAAGCCGAAACAUCGAAGAGGAAAAUCUGAAACGUUGCGUGCACAAUACAUAAACACAAAGGAAGUGAGGAUAACAGUUGGAACUUGGAAUGUUGCUGGAAGACUUCCAUCUAAGGAUCUUGAGAUUGAAGACUGGCUUUGUAGUGAAGAACCAGCAGAUAUCUACAUCAUUGGUUUCCAAGAGGUAGUUCCGUUAAAUGCCGGAAAUGUACUGGGAGCAGAGGACAAUACACCGAUCCGGAAAUGGGAAGCAAUCAUUAGAAGAACUCUGAACAAAACUUCUGAAUGUGAAAGUGAAGACAAAAGCCUCAGUGGCCCUCAUUCUCCUGUACUAAGAACCUGUUCUGCUCCUGAUGUUCUAGCAGACAGUAUAGACACUAAUCCAUUAGAUAUGAUGGACGAAGCGUACGGCAGAGCUUUCGAUAAUGAUGAUCUAGAACAUGAGGAAGUGAACAACAUACUCGGUAUAGGGAAGAACUUACAGUUGAGAAGAGUAUAUGGUGUUGAUAUUAAGACUACGUUAGAUUGGCCAGAACGUCCACUAGAUGCAACUCCCAUUGUUGAUUCUGGCCCCAAGUUGCGAAGAGUACUAAGCAGCUCCGAAUUGAACUGGAGGGGUAAUGCUUUGGUGUAUGGUGGUGGGAUGACACGGUCACACCAUAGUUCUGGAAACUUGAAUUUGUUCUGGAAAGAGCAGAAGGUGGUGCCUGAAGAAGUAGUAACUGAUCCCAUUGCACAUGUGUCUGACAUGUUAUCUGAUGAGGAAGAUGAUACUUUUUCUGAAUUGCCAAAUGACAAGGAUGAUAAUGGGCUAGGCACCAUGAAAUCGCAUCCUGCUUAUGUUCGAAUCGUUAGCAAGCAGAUGGUGGGGAUCUAUGUAUCUGUCUGGGUGCAAAGGAAGUUAAGAAGACACAUUAAUAACUUGAAAGUUUCUCCGGUUGGAGUUGGUCUUAUGGGCUACAUGGGAAACAAGGGAUCUGUUUCAGUUAGUAUGUCUCUCUUUCAUUCGCGCCUAUGUUUUGUUUGUUCCCAUCUGACUUCAGGUCAGAAAGAUGGGGCUGAGCAAAGACGAAAUGCAGAUGUUAAUGAAAUUCUGCGACGCACAUGCUUCUCGUCUGUCCUUGAUUCAGAUCAACCCCAGACAAUCCCAUCUCAUGAUCAGAUGUUCUGGUUUGGGGACCUAAAUUAUCGUAUCAACAUGUUAGAUGCCGAGGUUCGAAAGCUAGUAGCUCUGAAGAAAUGGGAUGAAUUGAUGAAUUAUGAUCAGCUAAGCAAUGAGUUACAUAGUGGACAUGUAUUUGAAGGAUGGAAAGAAGGACUGAUAAAUUUCCCACCAACUUACAAGUAUGAAUUCAAUUCUGAUAAAUAUGUUGGAGAGAACCCAAAAGAAGGGGAAAAGAAGAGAUCUCCAGCAUGGUGUGAUCGUAUAUUGUGGCAAGGAAAAGGAAUAAGGCAACUUGAAUAUAGGCGUGCAGAAAAUAAGCUUUCAGAUCAUAGACCUGUUAGUUCAAUCUUCUCUGUCGAUGUUGAAGUCUUUGACCAACGCAAGCUACAACGAGCUCUGAAUUUCACAUGUGCUGUAGUCCACCCAGAGGUUUUUCUUCCAAAUGAUGAUGGCUUGCAAUUUUACUAGAUACACAUUAAAGAUGCAGAAAUACAAUAUAUAUAUUGUUGACAACAUUGUAGGUGAACAUGCUAUCUGUUUGAAUGACUUCGCUAGCUUCCAUGUGCUGUAACAACUUCAACUGGUUUACGUUGGUGUAGCGUGCUAAAAUGUUUGUUAUCUUUGAAGUCUUAUUGACAAGGAGAAACAGCUGAUAAGUGGUAACCUGUUUGUAAAUUUAGCUUCAACAUGUAACAAUCAAGGCUCAUAAUUCUCAAAUUUAUGUGCUGCUGGAAGCCUCCUUUUUAAAGGGUCAGUCAUUUUGGGAAAUAUGAAUCGAAAUCAUCAGUUUUCAGAUAGAAAUAAGAUACAAACAACAGACAAAUGUAUAUAGGCAUACAAUAGAUUUCAUGUUGGACUUCCUCUUUUUCCUUUUUAAAUGUGUUUUUUCAUAUCUGGUAUACAACUACAGUGUUAUCCAAUUUUGAUCUCA